CUAACUAUAGUCGGCUGGAUUCCAGUGCUAUAAUUUACUAAUUGAGUUCGUUGCUAGAUGUGUCGGAAUGUUGCUGCUACAGCUUAUGGUGGUCAGUUUAUGUUUGGCGUCCAAAACUGUUGCCGAAUCAUGUGGAAACAAACAAAUCAACGUCAAAACAACACGCGAAGAAAAUGGCAGUAGUGCAACUCCUGGUUCCUGGCCAUGGCAUGGAGCUCUCCUCAGAAGGGGAAGACCGACUUCCGUUUAUGUUUGUGGGAUAACGAUAGUUUCAAAGGAUGCCAUCGUUACGGCAGCGCAUUGUAUUUACAAUCCUUCGUCUAGGAGUAAAUUUGCUGCCGGAAAUUUCUACAUCAAGAUCGGAGAGACUAAUUUGAAAAAUCCCGGCAAAGAAACACAAGAGCAUAAUGUGAGUGAAAUCAUUGAACACCCGCGAUACGAUCAUGGGUCGGGCAAGAACGAUCUCGCAAUUUUGAAACUGAGAACGUCGAUCAAUUUUACGCCCUACAUCCAGCCGAUUUGUUUAUGGCGUGGAAAUUCUACACUAUCGAAGCAACCGAACCAGUUAGCUGCGAUCGUUGGCUGGAGUCGAAGUCAGGUAUCGGAAAUUCCGAAAGAUCUCACGGUCACCUUUACUUCGGUUGUUUCGAAUGAUGUUUGCCUAAAGCAAAGCACAAGGUCGUUCCAAAGUAUAUUUCACGAAAAUCGAACGUUCUGUGCGAAUCAUCCUAACAAAACCGGAUUCAAUUCUGGAGACAGUGGCAAUGGAUUGUACGUUAGGGUUGAUGGAGUUUGGAAUUUAAGAGGUAUCGUCGCUGCGGCAAAGUAUGAUCCCAGUAAAUUGUAUGUUGGAACCAAAGAUUUCGCUAUACUUACCAAUGUGGAGUUCUUUACCCAUUGGAUUUCGUCAAAAAUUUCUCUACCCAAACCUGCCAACAAAAAUAAUUUAUUGCAAUUGGCUAGGUGUGGAAUCGCUCAACGACUGCCCGAUAAUCGAUUCCAGUAUCCCUGGUUGAGUGUUCUGAACUAUCAGAGAAACUACUCAGUGGUUGAUAAAACACGACCAUGUGGGGCCAUUCUGAUACAUCCAAGUUUUCUGCUUACUUCCGGUUCCUGUAUUAACACCGAAAUCAAUUACUACCAACCAAACUUACGUAAUGGUACCACGGUUUUUGGUAAAGACAACAAAAAUAUCAUACCCGUAAAGGAAGUUUUCAAGCAUCCGCAAUAUGAUAGUCGUAAAAAGGUGAAUUACAUCGCUCUGGUCAAACUCGAAUCUCCCGCACCUUACAUACCAAUCUGCCUGUCACCAUUUUCCUCGAGAUAUCCCCCGAAUGAGCGACUGGAGGUUCCGUUCCUACAGCUGCGUCAGAACCAGAUACACCUAGACGUUCUAAACGCUUCUGUAGUCGACUGUAGCCGGGACUACGGCAACAGAUAUCCGGAUGCAAGUGCCAAUGGCAUCCGGUGCGUUGCUUAUCAACCGGUCGAGGAACGGGAGUGUGGCUAUAAGGAAUUUCUACUCAGUUCUCCGAUCCAGACCUUACACCGUGACAAAUACUACGGUCUAGCUGUUUCUAGCUUCGGUCCCCGUUGUCUCACCUCGUCCGUUUCAGAAGGUUACACCGAUCUGAUGAUGCAUCUGAACUGGAUCGCGAAAACCAUCAAAGAAAACAGCUAGGGCAUUAGACUGUUAAAAGGUGUAACGACCAAAAAGUGAUUAAAGUACCCAAGCAACCAAAAAUCCCAUAAAACAGGUACAAAAACGUUUACUCAGCCCCAUCACUGAUAUGCAGUACGUUCUAUGCAGCUCAAAAUUUUAGUUCUUAUUGAUACUUUCAAGUUCCAAAACAAGUCUUAAUGAUCUUCUAUUCAGCUUCCAGCGGCCUCUUAAUUCAGCUUCCAAAAAAUCGCAAAAUGAGCAAAAAAUCUCUCUCUUUCUCAACUGAACCGUUGGCUUCGGUUCAUAUCACCUUCUCUUGAUUUUUUACUGUGUUCUGUACUGGUGCCGCCAUGAUGCCCCGCACCGGAUUUCAAACUCGACAAAUUGAUCAAAGGCUUCUUUCCUAGAUUUCCUACAUAUAUCGCAUCAUAACUCAAGUACAAAAUUACUUAUUGGAAAAAAUAACUUGCCCGGCUUGGUGAUCGAACCCCGACCUUCGUGGUGAGAAUCGAACACGCUACCACGAGACCACGCCUAGAUGUUGUUCUAACUGAAACUAAAACUCGAAGAGGUGAUUUGAUUUUGAAAGCACAUCAACGCACUUUUUGUGACUUAUCAAAUCCCGUUUGAGCACUUUUUUGUGCCCUUUAUGUGACUUAAGUCCCGUAUAACGUACGUAUAGAUCACUUUUGCAACUUUCAAAUUCAUUAAUGAGUACAUAAAGUUCACUAAAGGGAAUUGGGCAGUUGAUUCUCUUUGUCAGCCAAUAUGUAACUUUCAAUGCCUUCAUUCAGGUAAAUAUGUGACUUUUGGUUGCUUGGGUAAUCCUUCUUCUCCUUAGGUACGAAUUGGACUCUUUUUUUUUGCCGCAUUCGCCAAAUCCGAUUGAAAUAGCACAGAACUUCUCAGGAUUCGUUAGGAGUGGUUUUUUGAGCCACUCGUUGACCUAAACUUUCUAGUAAACCAGAUAAUUUCUUGCGAAUUUCGACAACUUCAUGUUUUAAAAUAUCACAGGGAAAAAGUAUAGUUUUUUCAACAAUAUUCAUCAUAUGUUCAACUGUAUUUAUGAUUGAUUCUUUACCAUAGAUAUAAUAGAUUUUCUGGUUGAUAUUUUGCGUUCAGCUAUACAUGUAAUAGACUCAACUACAGUUGUAUGAUUGUUUUAAUGCAUUCAACUAUAAAUAUAAUAGAUUUAACUAUAUCAGUAUGAUUGCAUACAUACAU